AUGCGACCCAAGCCUUCCGUGGCCACCCUGCUCGCGCUAUCCCAGAGUGAGGACGAGUCGCUCUCCCAAUUUGUGACACGUUUUGCCGCUGAAAUCCGGGGAUUCCCAUACGCUCACCCUUCCCUGAUCAUGCAGGCAUUCCUAAGAGGAUUGAAGCCCUUAAGGUUCUUCUGGUCACUGAUUGAGAAGCCGCCGACAAUCAUCCCCGAGACGUUCCAACGCGCCAACCAGUACGUCGCCGCCGAAGCCCUAAUGGCGGGAAGGCGCACAGACGGAAAGAAGCCGAGGGUCGAGCGGCCCCGAGAUGCUGCCUCUGCCACUCCGGAGCAACCCCGCCGGAGGCCCGCCCGACUUGAGCCGCUCUCAAGGCCUCCACCUCUCCCACUAAACACGUCUCGGACCGAAAUCUUCCUCCAAAUCCGGGAAAAGGGUCUUUUACGGCACCCCAACCCCAUGAAAGCCACCCGUAAGGACCGAUCAAAAUACUGUAGGUUCCAUCGGGACUACGGUCACGACACCGAAGCCUGCCAUGACCUUCAAAACCAAAUUGAGGACCUGAUUCGUAGGGGACACCUCGGUCACUAUCUCAAGGAGUCCAAGGAAGUAACCCCAUGUCCUAGAGGUCCCGUGGAAAAACAAAUCGACGUCAUCUCGGGAGGACUGGCGGCGGGCGGCAAUAGUUCAAUGGCAAGGAAGGCCUAUGCUCGGAGCACGGUCAAGAAACGUCCCCGACCAGAGCUCGAGCCAGAAAUCACUUUCGGAGCCGAGGAGGUUGAACGUUCCCACCAUGACGACGCCUUGGUGAUCUCCAUCCGGAUCGCUAACGCUCAGGUAAAAAGGGUAAUGAUUGACACUGGAAGCUCUACCGAUGUGCUGUACUUCGACAUCUUCAAAAAGCUUGGGCUGACCGGGGAGGACCUCGCUCCAAUGAGCUUGACCCUCACCGGGUUCACCGGGGACUCCAUCUUUCCGCUCGGCACCACCACGCUACCCGUUACCAUCGAGGAAGAACCAAGGGGCAAGACAACAUUGACUACCUUUAUGGUGGUCGACCUGCCCUCAGCCUAUAACGUCAUCCUCGGCCUCCCGAUGCUCAACAAGCUGAAAGCAAUCGUUUCUACCUACCAUCGGGCCAUCAAGUUUCCAACUGCGGAAGGAAUCGGGGAAUUGUGA